AUGAGUGAAGGUGCGUUUGAUGCUAUUUUUGAAUAUGCAUGGGGGCAAAUUGACAAGCCAAUUAGUGGAGACUUCAUAUAUGGUAAAGACUUGCCAAAGUUAAUGGAAAUCAUUGAGAAUAUCUUUCAAAAGGCACAAAAGAAUGGUUCUUAUGAUCUUCGAUUACCAUUAUUUUCUGAAAUCAAUAAAGAUUUGUUUCGCACAUUUUCUAAUACGAAGACCUUCUUUAAGAUACACAAAGAAGAAUUUGACGAUAUCUUCUUCAAUUUGGUUAAUCACUCCCUCAAGGAAGUCUUGGAAAACGCAUUCAUUGGUUCAGAUUCCAUUCCAAGUGAUUUUAUCGUAAGUUUGGAUUUGAAAUCACCUUCUAAAUUUCUACUUGAGAACAAGGAUAAAAAUACAGAGGGGCCUGGGAUUUCAACACCCAGGGAGAAGCUUACUGAAUCGCCUAUCAAGUUGCUCAGCCAAAAUAAUGUAGGAAAGGCUUUGAGGGUACAAGUGGAGGAUUUAAAAAGGGAACUGAAUACGAAGCAAAGCUUGCUCCAGGAAAAUGAACGACAGGUAAGCGAGUUGAAAAGGAGGCUCGAAACUUAUCAACAAAAGUAUGCUUCCAUACAACAGCAGUUCAACGAUUUACAGAAAACAAGGCAUGUAGAAGAUAAUCAACAUAUAUCCAGGACCUCUGACCCUGCAUCACCUCUGAUAACAGGAAUCGAUCAAAAAGUCAUUCUAGAAGAAUUCAAAAGAAGAUUACAGAGACAAACGGACACUAUAUCUUCAUUGAAGGAUCAAAUACGGCGAGAAAGAGGGCUUAAUUACAGUAACGAUAAGGCAUCACUUUCAAAGCGAAAAUCUUCAACUUCUGACAGUGAUUCUACUUCCAAGAAUCUUAUUGACAGGUUUCCCUCUCAUUUAUGGGUAAGAGCAUCAAUAAGAAUCAUAGUCUGUUUCGCUCUGCUAGCUGGUGUCCUACCAUACAUUAGAAAAUACUUAUAUAUUCGUGAUACGCCAUCCCAAAACUCAAGGUUACAAUUAUCAUGGUGGGAGAAUAGCGGCAUAUUAAGCAAAAUUGUGUGGUUCUUUGAAGAUCAGGCAGAUUUAGAAACUGAGUACCGCUCAAAUGCCAACAUGGAUGACGCAUAUAGCAAGGUAUUCGGCAUAUAG